AUGGCUAUCACCCACCCACUUGACCCGCUUCAGCCCCAAGAGCUCCGCCUAGCGGUCAGUCUGUUGAAAGAUUCACUUCCGGGCAUACCGCUCCGGUUCAAGACCAUCGAAGUCCAGGAGCCAGCAAAGAAGGACGUCGUUCCUUACGUUGAGGCCGAACGAUUGGGAGAACUCCUACCACAAGCACCGGCGCGGAUCGUUCAUGUCCUUUUCCAUCGGCAAGACACUGGUGCACACUGCCACGCGCUGAUCAACGUGGACAACAGCUGUAUCAUCUCCCAGGGUGAUCUCCCGGAGCAUUCACAAAGCCAUGCGGAUGUAGAUGAGAUGGUUGAGAUCGAAAAGAUCUGUCUUGAGCAUCCAGCUGUGAUAGCGGAGAUUGAGAAACUGCGGCUUCCGGCUGGGGUUAAAGUCUGCGUUGAUCCGUGGAUAUAUGGCACGGACGACCCCAACGAGCGACGGAGACUGUUCCAAUGCCUGGUGUAUCUGAGCACUGUGGACCACCCGCAAGCCAACCACUAUUCGAUACCCUGCACCUUUUCUCCGGUAUUCAACGGCGUUACCAAAGAGCUGGUGCGUAUCGACUAUCUACCUACAGGCACCGAGCACGCUACCGCGGAAACGCAGCCAUGGACGCCCGUUCCCGCAGUCGAAUACGCCCACGACCUCCUAGGCACCCCCUUGCGCACCGAUCUGAAGCCUUACAUAGUCCAGCAACCCGAAGGUCCUUCUUUCCAGAUCAAUGGACAGGUUGUGUCUUGGCAAAAGUGGCGUUUCCGGGUUGGAUUCAACUAUCGCGAUGGCAUGGUCCUGUAUAACGUCACCUUCGAUGGGCGCAAUGUUUUCUACAGGCUUUCCGUGUCUGAGUUGACAGUGCCCUAUGGCGACCCCCGUGCUCCGUUCCACCGUCGACACCCAUUCGAUAUCGGCGAUCUUGGUCUUGGCAUCAUUUGCAACCAAUUGCAGCUCGGCUGCGAUUGCUUGGGACACAUCAAAUACUUCGAUGGAUUCAGGCCCGACUCUCACGGCGAGGCUGUCUGCAUCAAGAACGCAAUUUGUCUACACGAACAGGAUGCUGGACUCCUAUAUAAGCACACGAACUACCGUAACAACCAGGCGACGACCGUGCGAAAUCGACAGCUAGCAGUUCAGAUGAUGGUGACCGCCUCAAACUAUGAGUACAUCUUCGCGUGGAUUCUCGAUCAGGCAGGUGGCAUCGAGCUGGAGGUUCGCGCGACCGGCAUUAUGUCUACUAUUCCUGUCGACGACGCGGGCGGAAGCAGCCUGCCCUGGGCUACCAACGUUGGACCCGGUGUUGCUGCUCCAAACCAUCAGCAUAUCAUUGCCGUGCGGAUCGACCCAGCAAUAGACGGCUUUAACAAUACUGUCGUUUACGAGGAUAGUGUCCUAAUGCCCGACUCCGCUGAUGUACCCAAUCCUUACGGAUGUGGUUAUAUCGCGAAGACAUCGGUCAUUGAGAAAAGUGGGCAUGCUGACACAAACACUGAUACCGCUCGAGUCUUCAAGAUACGGAAUGACAGUAUUUUGAAUCGAGUGAGUGGCGCACCAGUUGCUUACAAGGUCCAGACGUUGGCCACUCAGCCUAUUAUUGCGGCGCCUGGGAGUAUCCAUCGCAAGCGCACAGGAUUUGCAGAGCAUGCAGUUUGGGUCACCAAAUAUCGUGACGGAGAACUCUACGCUGCCGGAGAGUAUACAAAUCAGAGCUUGGAGAGUGAUGGCGUCGAAAAUUGGGCAGCCCGCGACGAGGACGUCGUCGACACGGACGUCGUUUUCUGGCAUACCUUCAGCCUAACACACAACCCACGCCCAGAAGACUUUCCCGUGAUGCCAGCAGAGCGGAUAAGCGUACACCUAAAGCCAUCUGGUUUCCAUGAAAAGAAUCCAGCAUUGGAUGUUCCGCCAUCGCACCAAUCAUUCAAUAAGUCGGCCUGCCACCUCUAA